GGCAGUUUCGUUCUGCUAGCGCCUCGUGUGAUCGCCGGCACAGAACGGCCAAACAAGGAAAUGGCUCCCGCCACCGUGGACUCGCUGGUGGAUAACCUGUCGAGGUGCCACCUGCUGAUCAGCCUCUUCGCCUUUCUUCGCGGCAUGCCGGUCACCUGGAACCUCAUGAUGGUCGUGUUCGUGACUCCCCCCAACGUGCCUUACCGCUGCUCCACUUCGUCGGUUAACUGGACACGCACCGUUUUCUCCGCGACCAACGCCAGUGUUCUAGAAGAGGAGGCGAGGACUCAGUGCUUCGAAGACGUCUGGAACACAACCGACACCGAAGCGGUGCGGAUACCCUGUUCCUCCUGGGAGUACGACAGCAGCUUGUACGGACACACCGUCAUCGAAGAGUGGAACCUUGUGUGCCAGAGCAAAUGGCUGGUCUCCGUUGGACAGAGCGUGUACUUGGCCGGCCUCGUCGUGGGAACGGUGUUCUCUUCUCACCUGUCAGACUGGUUCGGCCGUAAGCGCAGCCUGCUGAUGGGCAUCCUGUUGACUGCUGCGGCGAGUGCGUGCGCAGCUUUCUCCAACUCUGUUCCCAUGUACUACGCAUCCAGAUUCGUGGUGGCCUUCGGGACGACGGGAUUCUCCGACAUCGUCUACACGCUCGUGAUGGAGACGGUGUCCCCCCGGUUCCGCUUCAUGCCCACCAUGACCUUGGGCAUGGGCUGGACCACAGGCAUGGUGUUGCUACCUUGGCUCGCCUACCUCGCCCGGGACUGGAGGCUUACCCAGUUGUACGCCACCGCACCGCUGGCGCUGAUGCUCCUCGUCUGGUGUUUUGUGCCAGAGUCUCCCAGGUGGCUCCUGGCCACGGGCAAGUUCCUAGAGGCCAGGGACGUCCUGGCCAUGUUCUCCAAACACAGCAAGGCUCCAGCGCAGGCCGUCGACGAGAUCAUCGACGAGGCCAAGCGGAAGAGGGAAACGGCUCUGGAUAUCGGCCGCGCGACAAUACUUGAUCUUUUUUCUACAAGGACGUGGGCCACUACAACAACGGUAUUCAGCCUUCAACUAAUCGUGUCCAGCAUGCUCUGGUACCACCUGACCGUGUCGAGCGCCGGUGUCGGCGGCAGUCCCUACGUGAACUUCACCAUCGCCGCGUCGUCCGAGUACCCGGUGAAGGCCAUUAACGUCGUGCUCAUCAAAUGGUGCAAGAGGCGCCGAGCCAUCGCCGGAUCUUUCACGCUCUCCGGCCUCGUCCUGCUCGCCGUGUUUUUUGUGCCCCAAGAUUACGCGUGGACCAAGCUGUGCCUGAUCAUUGUGGGCAAAGUAUGCACCUCGGUGAACGGCGCCCUCUUCAGGGUCCAGCUGAGCGAGACGUACCCUACCGUGGUGCGCUCCGUGGCCAUGGGAUUCUGUCUGACGGUGGGUCGGCUGGGCACAGUGCUGGCGCCCUUCUUCAACGACCUGGGAGACGCCACGCUACCCUGGGUUCCCAACGUGCUUGCUGCCGUCCUUGCCCUCAUCAGCGCGUGCUUGGUCGUGUUCCUUCCAGAGUCUUUCCAGAAGGUGCUCGAAGACACCUUCACCAAGGAGGAUAAGAGAAAAACGUCGGGGCCACCAGAAGAAACACCAGAUAUCUACUCGAUUGAAAGUAGUCACAUUUAGUAAAACAAAAUAAAAAAUAAAAGAAUAUUGAAGAAGAAAUAAAAGAACUGAAAAUCUCGUGUUUUACCACCCGAUUAAA